AUGUUCGGCAGCAGUAAUAAUACAUCUUCAGGAUUUGGCGGACUUGGAAAUAAUUCCACGGGAGCUAAUACUGGGGGACUUUUUGCAAGUAAUCCUGGAGGUGCAACAGGAAAUGGUUUAAGUAAUAACACAGGGGCAGGAAGUGGCCUCUUUGGUAGUAGCAAUAAUAAUACAUCCACGUCUUCGAAUUCGGGCUCAGGUGGACUAUUUGGCACAAGUAACAACAACUCAAAUUCUUUAAAUUCAGCUGGAAAUGGAUUGUUUGGUUCCUCUUCUAAUGCAAAUAAUGCCAGUACCCGACCUGGGGGAUUAUUUGGGUCAAAUACUGGGACAACUAAUAAUACAGCUGCAGCUGGUGGAUUAUUUGGUUCUGCCAGUAAUAAUACAGGAAACACCGCUACUCUUUUUGGUAAUAGCAAUACUGGUAAUACUAACGCUAAUAGUAAUGGCACUCUUGGUUCUGGGUUUGUAUCUAAUAACUCUAACGCUGCUCCCCUUUCAGGUGGAUUAUUUGGAUCUUCGUCUAAUGCAAUGAGUCAGCCAAGAGAUACAGGUGGUUCAUUUGGCUCUAAUUCACAAGGUGGCAUGUUUGGCACAUCAAGCGGUGGUGGAUUAUUCGGCAACAAGCAACCAGCCUCCAGCUCUGGUAGCAAUGGGCUUUUCGGUUCCAACAAUAAUGCAGCAUCGGGACUUUUUUCAUCGAACAACCAGGCAGGCUCAUCCGGUGGACUAUUUGGGACAAAUAAUUCGAACAAUUCUGCAACUCUCUUUGGAAAUCAAAAUCAGAACCCGCAACAAGACCAGUUCCAAUUGACGGCUAUGACCCGCGUAGGAGACUUGCCAGUGCAAAUUAAAAGGGAAUUAGAAGAAUUUGACAAAUAUAUCAACACUCAACACCUCAUAGCGACAACUUUGCAAUCUGAUUAUGACAAGCACGAUCAGUUGAUUCAAACUUUGCCUAGAGAUAUCAAUUAUCUCCAUAAUAAACUUUUGUCAACAAAACAAGCAUUGAAAUCUGAUUCUCAUCAGCUUGGAAACUUAAGAAACUUGAAUAAUGAAUUGACUGAAGACUUAAAUAAAGUUAUGCAGUUGAUUUUGCAACUUUCUACUCCUGGAACGAAACUUAGUUCAGGAUUGCAGUUGAAUGAAUUCUUCAUUAAAAAAAUAAAACGAUAUCAUGAAGUAUUAAAGAAUUACGAACAGUUGGUGAAAGAAGCUAGCUCAAUCAUCGAUGGACUUGAAGGAAGCUAUGUCGAAGGUUUUGGUAAUUUGUUCAAUAUCGUCGAAGUCAUAAAAACGCAAUACUCUUUGUUUAUGGAGUUGUGUGAAACCAUGGCUCAGUUGCAUAACGAAGUAAAUAAAUUAGCAAAAUAG